UUUGAGCGAGUCAGCAUGCUGGUGAUUCUGCUCAACUGCAUCACACUCGGCAUGUUCCAGCCCUGCCAAGACCUGGAGUGCCACUCUGACAGGUGCAGCAUACUGCAGGCCUUCGAUGACUUCAUCUUUGCAUUCUUUGCUGUGGAGAUGGUGUUAAAAAUGGUGGCCUUGGGGGUAUUUGGUCCGAAAUGUUACCUUGGUGACACCUGGAACCGCCUUGACCUCUUCAUCGUCAUGGCUGGGAUGUUGGAGUAUUCUUUAGAUGGUCAUAAUGUUAGUUUCUCAGCCAUCAGAACCGUACGGGUUCUCCGACCUUUACGAGCCAUCAACAGAGUUCCCAGUAUGCGAAUCCUGGUGACAUUGCUGUUGGAUACUUUACCGAUGCUGGGAAACGUCUUGCUGCUUUGUUUCUUUGUGUUCUUCAUCUUCGGGAUUGUCGGCGUGCAGCUGUGGGCAGGGCUUCUCCGGAACCGCUGCUUCUUUGACAGCAAUGUCAGAAAGCUGUAUAAUGUUUCAGAGUCUGUGAGCGAAUACUACAAACUGGAAGAAACAGACGACAUCCCCUUCAUUUGCUCCACCACUCGGGAGAACGGAAUGUUGCACUGCUACAAUAUCCCCAAACGCAGAGUAGGAGGGGCUGAUUGUGAACUCACACCUACUGAUGUCACAGAUCUUGUUUAUAAAGAGCCUCCUCAUCAUGGAUGUGUAAACUGGAACUUGUAUUACAACAGCUGCGAAGCAAGCGAACACAAUCCCCAUAAUGGGGCUAUCAACUUUGACAACAUUGGAUAUGCAUGGAUUGCUAUCUUUCAGGUCAUCACCUUAGAGGGAUGGGUGGAUAUCAUGUACUAUGUCAUGGAUGCACAUUCCUUUUACAACUUCAUCUAUUUCAUCUUCCUUAUCAUCGUAGGCUCCUUCUUCAUGAUCAACCUGUGCCUGGUCGUCAUAGCAACGCAGUUCUCCGAGACCAAACAACGUGAGAACCAGCUGAUGAAGGAGCAGCGAGCACGUUUCCGCAGUAAUGAAUCCACCUUAGGUAGCUUGGCCGAACCAGGAUCCUGCUACGAAGAAAUGCUGAAAUAUCUUGCACACAUUUGCCGUAAACUUUUUCGUCAUGCUGCGCGCCUCUAUGGCGAAUUAUGCCCCAAGAGACGCAAGGGUGUGGCCAAUCCCAGCAGCUCCCUCUCAGUGGGUGGGACUAAUGGAUAUUGGAGUGACAAUGGAACAAAGAUGGGUCCGACCCAAUACUGUAUGCUGCAUUACCAUCACCCCCAUCAGCAUCAACAUUACCUCAGCAAUGGCAUAGAAAUGAAAACCCUUCAUCUUGACAGAGAUGCUCAAAAUUCCAAAAAGACCCCAUCACUCCCACUUGCACUACAAAAUUUAAAGGGUUUGAGGCUUGGUAUGAACUAUCCCACCAUCCUGCCCUCCAAAAUGUACACAAACUCACACACUCGCUCACACUCGACCAGUGGAGUCAAAGCACCAACUUUCCAUCAUGGACACUAUGGCAGGAAGAUCUCUGUUUGUAGUGGAUACCAUGAUACUUACAAGUUGCAGCACGGUGUGUAUCCGGGCACAGGCUUGAGUGUGUGUGCGGACAGCAGGGUGGGGCUGGUGUCUUCAGAGUCAUCCUCCUGCCCAAUUUGUGCCCAGGAAAGCGACGGUGUUAAUUGCGACUCCAACGGUGAAUCGGACCCAGAGAAGCAGGGGCCAGAUGUCAGCUCAGAAGAGAGCAAAAGACACCAAGAUAUGGAAGAAAAGGAGUCUAGGAAUGAGAACUGUGUGUGUAUGUGCCUUCAUUAUACCAGAGCCAUUUUGAGGCGGAUUGUGGACAGCAAGUACUUCAACAGAGGGAUAAUGAUAGCAAUCCUUAUCAAUACACUCAGCAUGGGUGUGGAGUACCAUGAACAGCCGGAUGAGUUGACAGACGUGCUGGAGAUCAGUAAUAUUGUCUUCACUAGUUUGUUUGCGUUAGAGAUGCUCCUGAAGCUUUCGGCCUGCGGUCUGUUCAACUACAUCAGUAACCCCUACAACAUCUUUGAUGGGAUUAUCGUUAUCAUCAGUGUGUGUGAGAUUGUUGGACAAGCGGACGGAGGGUUUUCGGUUUUGCGGACGUUCCGUUUGCUCAGGGUACUAAAGCUGGUGCGGUUCCUCCCCGCUCUGCGCAGGCAGCUGGUUGUACUGAUGAAGACCAUGGACAAUGUGGCCACCUUCUGUAUGCUGCUGAUGCUCUUCAUCUUCAUCUUUAGUAUAUUGGGAAUGCAUCUGUUUGGGUGUAAGUUUACUCUACGUUUGGAGAAUGGAGACACAGUGUCUGAUAGGAAGAACUUUGACUCACUCCUCUGGGCCAUCGUUACAGUGUUUCAGAUUUUGACCCAGGAGGACUGGAAUGUGGUUCUGUAUAACGGCAUGGCCUCCACCUCCCCCUGGGCGUCUCUGUACUUUGUGGCCUUGAUGACCUUUGGGAAUUACGUCCUCUUCAACUUACUGGUUGCCAUCUUAGUAGAGGGCUUCCAAGCUGAGGGUGAUGCUAGCAGAUCAGACACUGAUGAUGACAUGUCGUCUGACUAUGGUGAUGAGGACAAACUGCGAGAACUACUGAAAUCAGGAUCAGAGAUAAAAAUGCAGACAUUAAUGCCCAUCUCCAAUGGACACCUGGAACCUCGGGCGUCUAUGCCACCUCACAACACACACAUGCAACUCAACGCCACACCCAGAACUGAGGUGUCGCACAUCUACAGCCAAUCACGGCGUAACAGCAACACCUCCACCGAACCACAUGACCAGAGGUCCCUGUCCAGCCUUUGGGGAAGUCGCCGCUCCAGUUGGAACAGCCUUGGCCACGCCCCCAGCCUAAUAAGACGUGCUCAGUCAGGGGAGCGCGAGUCGCUGCUUUCUGGAACGGGACAGGACAGCAUGGAUGAAAACCAAUCAGAUGAUGGGAAAUCCAGCAGGACCGGCAGUCUGGGUGGAGUUUCAUGUCUAGGGUCGUUUGAUUUUCCAGAGCUCUUGCAGGUUCCACGCCCAUAUUUGGAGUGUAAUGGCAGAUUAGAUGGAGGUUAUCCAUCCUCUCCAAACAUUACACACCCCGAGCCAACAUCCACACAAGGGGCAGAUGAUGAUGAAUUUGAGGAGAGCUGGUGUCUCAUUGUGAAGAGACUGUUGGAGCCGUAUAAGCCCCAAUGGUGCAGUGACCAUGAGGAUUGGUCACUUUACUUAUUUUCCCCUCAUAAUAAGUUCCGUAUGCGCUGUCAGAAAGUCAUUACUCAUAAGAUGUUUGAUCAUAUUGUGCUGUUCUUCAUCUUCUUCAACUGCAUCACAAUCGCUCUAGAGAGACCUGACAUCCAGCCCGACAGCACGGAGCGGAUUUUUCUUAAAGUGUCCAACUACAUCUUCACUGUGAUCUUUGUGGCUGAGAUGACUGUGAAGGUGGUUUCUCUUGGGCUGUAUGCUGGUCCAGGCUCGUACCUGAAGAGCAGCUGGAAUGUUCUAGACGGCCUGCUAGUGUUUGUGUCUAUCGUGGACAUCCUGGUCUCACUCGCCUCCUCUGGCGGGAACAGAAUCCUGGGUAUAUUGCGAGUACUUCGACUGCUCAGAACACUGAGACCCUUAAGGGUCAUAAGCAGGGCCCCUGGACUGAAGCUGGUUGUUGAAACGUUGAUCACAUCUCUCAGACCUAUUGGAAAUAUUGUGUUGAUCUGUUGCGCUUUCUUCAUUGUCUUUGGCAUUCUGGGAGUUCAGCUCUUUAAGGGGAAGUUUUAUCAUUGUGAAGGCUUUGACACUAAAAACAUCACCAAUAAAUCAGAGUGCCUGCAUGCUAACUACAAAUGGGUUCGUAGGAAGUACAACUUCGAUAACCUGGGUCAGGCACUGAUGUCAUUAUUUGUCCUGUCAUCUAAAGACGGCUGGGUCAACAUCAUGUACGAUGGCUUAGAUGCCGUGGCUGUGGACCAACAGCCUGUAAGGAAUCAUAAUCCCUGGAUGCUUCUGUACUUCAUCUCCUUCCUGCUGAUCGUCAGCUUCUUCGUGCUCAACAUGUUUGUAGGUGUGGUGGUCGAGAACUUUCACAAGUGUAGACAAGACCAGGAGGAAGAGGAGGCCAGACUGAGAGAGGAAAAGAGAAAGAAGCGCAUGGAGAAGAAACGCAGGAAGGCCCUGCAGAGACCGUACUAUGCAGACUACUCUCCAACACGCCUCUAUAUUCACACGCUCUGCACUAGUCAUUAUCUGGACCUCUUCAUCACCAUCAUCAUCGCCAUUAAUGUCCUCACAAUGUCAAUGGAGCACUACAGACAACCCAAGUAUCUUGAUGAAGGUCUGAAGUACUGUAACUAUAUCUUCACGCUGGUCUUUGUGUUCGAGGCUUUGCUGAAACUGGUUGCCUUUGGAUUUAGGAGAUUUUUCAAAGAGAGGUGGAAUCAGUUAGACUUGGCAAUUGUUCUUCUCUCUAUCAUGGGCAUCACACUUGAGGAAAUUGACCUGAAUGCCUCUCUACCCAUCAACCCAACUAUCAUACGCAUCAUGAGAGUGCUACGCAUUGCCAGAGUGUUGAAGCUGUUGAAGAUGGCAACAGGAAUGAGAUCUCUUCUGGAUACAGUAGUUCAAGCUUUACCACAGGUUGGUAAUCUGGGUCUGCUUUUUAUGCUGCUGUUCUUCAUCUAUGCGGCACUGGGAGUUGAACUCUUUGGCAAACUUGAAUGCACUGAGGAGACCCCGUGUGAGGGUUUGAGCAGACACGCUACAUUUCAGAACUUCGGCAUGGCAUUCCUCACUCUAUUCCGCGUUUCCACGGGUGACAACUGGAAUGGAAUCAUGAAGGAUACCCUGCGGGAAUGUAAAAAUGACAAAUGUCUGAGUUACCUUCCGCUUUUGUCGCCUCUGUACUUUGUGACAUUUGUGCUGAUAGCACAGUUUGUGCUGGUGAAUGUUGUGGUCGCUGUGCUCAUGAAACAUUUAGAGGAGAGUAACAAAGAUGCCCGUGAGGAGGCCGAGAUGGAGGCGGAGUUGAAGGAGGAGCUUCGGGGCAGUCGUAGACAAAGCACCGCCUCUAUGGGCGGAGUCAUUGGGCUUGAGGGUACAGCUGUUAAAAUGGAAACUUUCUCACAUGAACAGGGCAAAGACCCCAAUUACGGCAAUUUCCUGACAGUUGGGAGGCCGUCUAUAUCACGGAUGCUGUCCUUACCUAAUGAUAGUUACAUGCUGUACCCUGUUAAGCCUGUAUAUGGAUCCAUUCAUGAGAGAUUCUCCAGACAGGACUCUACACUACCAGGCUCCUCUCUCUCACUCGGCACCCAGCCCUGUGAAGAUAAUGCCUUAAUGCGGGCUCCAGGAACUGCAUCUCAGACAAGCCUGGCCUCCAUUCCUGCUCCCCACCCUCUAAAUCAAAGAGCGAGAUCUAGCAAUGCCUUCAGGGCUCUGCAGAGACAGCAAGCAAUAAAGAGCGACUCCAUUGAUUCCACAAACGCUGACUCCAGAGACACCUUACAUAUCCCGAGUAAGCCCUGCUCCAGUGAUAAUCUUCUUCUCAAAGUACCCAUCAUGCCCCUCACCAGUGGAUCUGCCCCCUGUUCCCCCCAGGCCUCGCCUCCCCCUCCCCUCCGCAGCCGGACAGCGAGCGUACAAACAAACAGACACGUGUACAGCCAGCGCAGCAUCCCCUGCCGACAGACCGCACACCAUACGCAAUCCAUAAAAUCUCUUGAAAUAAUGCACGCACAUGCACACACCAAACUACGGGAUUCAGACGGUCCUGACGAGGUGGUCCGACUCAACGCGAACAUCACCCAAAGAAGAGCCUCUCGGUGUGGAGGACACAGCCACAGUUUGUCCCCUUGCGACCCACCUUUCUGUUCUGACAGCCAGUCUCAGGACUCAUUGCACAGUGGGGCAGCCUGUCAACCGGAAACCAGCGCUCAUGGUCUGCGGAAGUACAACAGUAUGGAAAAUAAUGGCUUCCUGUCUCAGCUUCACAUCCCUCGCCGCCACUCAACACAUGGAGAGGAGUUACUUCUUCAGCAGCAGACAAUUUCACCAUCACCUGGACCUUCUCCAACACCCAAGAAGGAGAAAAUGAGCCCGCCGUGCAUCUCCAUCGACCCUCCCACCGAUGCGGAGUUUCCGUGUCCAGGGGUCAGCCAGGAGCGCAGCACAGUCCUAAGGCGGCGGACCCCGUCGUUUGACUCCGCACUACCACGGGAGUCCUUAGAUCUUCCUGACGUGCAGGACGAACCUCUUUUGCCAAGUCAUUUGCCCCUCCCACAAUUCUCUUUUGACCAAUCGGAUGUAAGUUCCCUGAGUAGCCUGUCGGAACUGCUUUCAGAUAGUGACCAGUCGACGCACUCCUUCCCUCCUGAGGCCCGGUCGGGGCUUGUGGGAGACACAGGUCGGAGUCCACUCAGGAAGAAGGUAUUGGUCAGAAUGGUCAGCACUAGGGAUCCAGCAAAUGAGGAUUCGGUUGCCUAGGCAAACGAGCAGGAAGCCACUUACGUAUUCCGCCUCUUUGUAAAGCAUUUUAAUAACAGGAAGAGGCGGUGUCGGCAAAAGUAUGCAAAUGUGUUUCUGAUGGAACUGAUCUUUUUGUGCCUGAUCAUAUUGAUUAGGGAACUUUUGCUAGUGUUCAUCAUCACACACACAUUGAUAUUGUGACAUUUUAUGUGAAUUCAUAUGAAAAUCCAUCACAGCAUCGUGGCAUAUAAUUACUGCACAUGACGGUCCGAUUUUAUCCCUCAUAUUUUGUUUGGGGUCUGAAAGGUUGAUCAUUUAAUUGCUCAAAAAGUGUCAUUUAAAUUAACCCUGUAAAGUCUGACAUAUGAAAUAAUAGUAAAAAAAAAAAAAAAAUUGAAUUUUUUGAAAUGGAUCACUUUAUUGAAACUUUAGACAAAAUAUUUUUUAAAAAUCUACAAAAAAAAGUUUGAUAAUGUAUUUUUGUUGAGUAUCAUAUUUUAUACAUCAGGCUUUUAUGGCUCAUAUUGCAUGAUAUAGAAAAAUGGAGGGAAAAAAACACCUUUAUUUUAUUCAGAGGCAGUAAAAAUAUGCAAUUUGGUGCAGUUGCAGAUAUUUAUAAGGCCAAAAAGUAAGUUAAAAUUCUGAUAGCUUGUAAUGUAAGUCAAUAAGAUUAUAGCAGACUAUUCACAUAAAUAUCAGUUGUCACUCUAUGUCUCCCAAUAAUAUCUUCGUAAGAUGUUUUAUGAUCAAAGCGCUGUACUUUUUAUUGUGGAACCAAAACAUAUAAUGCAAUGCAAUACAACACUCUAAAAAAUGCUGGGUUGAAAAUGGACAAACCCAGCAGUUGGGUUAAAUGUUGCCCAUCCUGCUGGGUAGUUUUAUUUAACUCAACUAUUGUUUAAAAAUUACUGUAUUGCUUGCUUAAAAUGAACCCAAAAUAUGUUGGAAAUGAACAUUUAUUAAUAAGUUUAAUGAAUAAUAAUUAAACAAUAAACAUUUAUUGCCUCUAGUAAUUAUGUGUCUGAUUUAUUAAUUUCUAACCUAUUUUGGGUUCAUUUUAAGCCAGUUAUAUAGUAAUUUUUAAUAAACAGUAGUAGGUUAAAUAAAACUGCCCAGCACGUUGGGCAAACAUUUAACCCAACCGCUGGGUUAAAACAACCCAGUUGCUGGGUUUGUCCAUUUUCAAACCAACUUGGGUUGUUUUUAACCCAGCAUUUUGUAGAGUGAAUGAUGAUUGAGAGAUGAACAAACAAACAUUCAUCAAAAGCCUGAUGUUUGAUACUCACAUUUUAACAUGAUUUUUCUAAAAAACGGUGUAUUGAUAAUCAAGUAGACCUAAGUUCCUUCAGUCCAGUAAGUGAUCAUCUUGAAAUAUUACUAACAAUAAAAAAACAAUAAAAAGACACAAGAAGGGGGACAUGUUUAAGGCCCCGUUUACACUAGUUUUGCUACGGUUACGCCUGUCGUUUACACUAUGCCAGCGUUUUCGAACCUCGAAAACAGAGACUUUCGAAAACGCUGCAGACCCCUUUUUAGUUUAAAAAUGCUGGGGUUGCGUUUCAGUAUAAACAGACCGAAACGGAGACUUUUGAAAAUGAUUCUGUGGCUGCCUACGUUCGCUCUGCGUAUCCUUGACGACCGUGUAAACAAUAACAUGGAGACUGAACUGCAAUCUUUGCUGGCUUUGUUGUCAUUUUUAGCAGCCAUUGUGCAGUUAAACUCUGCAUUUUUUUUUUAAUACUGCAGCUGCCUACAUGCGCAAGAGGCAGCUGUUUACACUUGGCCGCGCAUGCCCACUGUGCAUGAACAGUCAUGCGACAUGCGUUUUCAGUCAUGUAGUGUAGACGGAGAUCAUUUCUGAAACGCUGUGGAAACGCCAGUGUAGACGAGGAUCGUUUUCAUUUUAAAACGCCGUUUUAAAACAAAAACGCACUAGUGUAAACGGGGCCUAAAAUGAUACUCAACUUGAUCAAAACGUAUAAACUAUCAAUCAGGUGACAGAAUGCAUGUAGUAGAUUGUGUACAACAGGUUUUCCAACAAAGUUUUAAUCAUGUUGAUAAUUUAGAGGCCUUAGAAAUUUGCGUAUAUAAAUUAUGGUACAGUAGGCUUUAUAGGGUUAAAGUUAAUUUCAUGAGUUUCCUAUUAUUAUGAGAACUAAUUAUAAAAGUUGAUUUUAUAAUUAGCAUACUGUGGAUAUCCAUCAUGAAACUUAUGUACCUUAUGUUUGGAGUCACAGAGACCCCAGGUAUAAAGCAUGAAUAAAUGCAAAUAAUUUCCUUACGAUGUUUUAAUGUGUUUUAUCAGAUUGACCCCAAACAGAAACAACAAUACUGUACUGGAGUUUUGAGUAAAACAGAGUAAAAGAAUUUGAUGGGAAAUAAUGAGUUCAUUUUUAAAUCAUUAUUAGUAAGCCAAUGUCAACAGAACAUGAGGGUUAAAUGUCAACGCUAUACAGUAUGUCUCAUCUUCAAACAAACUCUUAUGUCAUAUGAUUAAUUAACAGUCAUACCCUAACUGUAACACCCUAUUGUCUUAUACAGAGUAUACGACACAUACAGAAGUAUUUUAGCUGAAACAUAUGCAUGUUUCAUAAUGCAGAUUGUGUAGCUGAAUGAAUGAAACGAUUAUUAUAUAUAUGUGUGGCAUGUGAUAUUUUUGUAAAGGGUCAGAGUUUUACAUGUUGUUGGCCUUCAGGAAGAAACGGUGUUAAAGGAAUAUUCCAUGUUCAAGUUCUACAUCUGUGCUGCAGAUUAACACAGAAAAUAAUUUUGAUUCAUUCCUCUGUUUGUAAAAAAUAGUGUGUGUACAGUGAUGCAGUGAAGUCUAUGGGCAAAACGUUGCAGCAGGAUCAAAUUGACACUAUAGUCACAUAAAUUUAAAAAACUAUACUCGCAAGACUUCAACAUUAUGUGAUAACAUUGACUACCUACUAACCCUGUCUAUGCAAAAUUAUAAAUUUACUUUAAAACAAUUUUCACUCAGAAAUUGCUAGUAAAUUGCACAAAUAAUUACAAACACAUUGAAUUAACUGUGAAAUUUUGAAGUAGAAAAACUAAAAUUUCUUGUAAAACAUACUCCAAUAGUCUUUGCAGUGUUAUUUUAGUUUUAUUAUACUUUUAUUAAUAUUUUGAAUUACUGUAGCUUUUUAUAUUUAAGUUAAUUUUAGUUUAAGUUUUAGUAAUGAGCAUUCAAUGAGUAAUGCGUCAUUUUAUUUGUUUUCUUUUCAAAUAUUGCUAUUUAUGUUUAAUUUAUUUUUAUUUCAGUUUUAGUUUUUAUUUAUUUCCAGUUAAUAAUUUUAUUUCUUCAACUUAUUUCAGUUUAUUGCCAAGGCAACAUUUCUAAUUUUUGUUUGUUUAAUUUUGUUUUUGUUUUGUCAGCUUUUUUUUUUUUCAAUUAACAGAAAUGUUUAAUAGUUUAAGUUUUAGUUAACGAUAACAACCCUGAAUCUUUGUUUUAUUUACAGCUUCGAAAAAGUUUAUGGAGGACUGAGUGCCACUUAAAAGUAAAAUCAAUCAAUCAAUCAAUCAAUCAAUUAUUAAUGUAUUAAUUCAAAAUGAAAAUGGACAUUUUUCAAAAUGACAAAUAAAUAGAUGUAUCUGUUAAGUUCAUGUUUAAAAAUGUAGUCAAUAACACAUGCAAAGAUGCCAGAAAAAGACUUUUACACUGUAAACUUAAAAACUUUAAAAAAGUUAACUUAAAAAAGUUCAGUUUCUGCCUUAAAUUUUUGAGUAGGCUGUAAAUUGGCUGUACAAGUCAUUUCAACUUAAAUUAAAUGAAACUGACUUAAAAAAAAUUGAGUUGAAUCUCGUAUAACUUAUAAAAUCUAGUUUAACUUCUUUUAAACCUUCUGGAAUAUUUUCCCCUUAGACUUUUGUUGUAUAGCAUUACUGUAACACAUUUUGAUGGUUUUAUUAAAUUGAGAAGUCAAAAUUAUUUUCAGUAGAGAUCAUUAAAUUAUAAAACCAUGGAAGUGUUCUUUCUUUUGAACUGUAGUGCAUUAACAUGUAAACAUUUGAUCACAUUUUUCCCCCCCGUAUGCACAAGCACAGAAGCUUCCAAAGAAAAGAGCUAUAGCAUGAAUGCUCACUCUCUUAUUUUGGUUUUUUGGCUCAUCAAGUGAUGAAGUCAAUAAGUAACCCAUGAAUAUUUACAUUUGCGCAGAGAUGUUUAGAAGUCCCGACACUUAUUGAAUAGUAUUAACAUGUCAACGUUGCAGUAUUUGCAACAACAUGAAGGUUGUUCUGUACCUGUAACAUUUCCUCACAUAAAGGCAGAUGUGUAUCACAAAUUGUGAAUCCUUUCCACUGCAUGAACAGCUGAAUAUAGGCUUUUCACACUUACUUAACUCUGGGUUAACGGCUUUUAAACCCCAAGUUAAGGCCACUUCAUACUACAUUCAUACCUUGUCAUCAAGGAAUUGUGUAAAAUAAAUAAGUAUCAUGGUUUUCACAAGAAUUAUAAGCAGCACAAUUGUUUUCAACUGUGAUAAUAAUAAGAAAUGUUUCUUGAGCACCAUAUUGGAAUGAUUUCUGAAUGAUCAUGUGACACUGAAGACUGGAGGAAUGAUGCUGAAAAUUCAGCUUUGCCUUCACAGGAAUAAAUUAUAUUUUAAAAUAUAUUACAAUAGUAAACAGUUAUUUUAAAAUGUAAUAAUAUUUCACAAUAUUACUGUUUGUAUUUUUGAUCAAAUAAAUAGUGAGUAUAAGAGACUGCUUUCAAAAACAAAACUUUUGAGUACACUUGAGUAGUGUACAUGGCCACAAUUCCUUAAAGAAGCAGUUAUUAAAACAGGUCAAAUAUGUUAACCCAGGGUUAAACAUUAGUGUGAAAAGUCCUGUAAAAAUAGCAAACAUAAAUGAUUGACUGUAGUUUACUCAUUCUCAAAAUCACAUGAAUACAUAUUAAUCUUUAACAAUGCAUUGAUUAACUAGAGUGUGAUGAAGGAAUUCGGGAAAACCAAGGGCUGCUAAAUAUAAAUGAGUAUCUCUGGACUGAGUGUGACAGUGUGAGAUCCAGAAUGCUGUUUGACAGGUUCAUGAUUUUGGGUGCUGUUCAACAGAUAAGAGCAUCCAAUGAGUAUCACUAAGAAACAUUUUGCUGAUAAACUAUGGACAUUAAACAUUUAGAGACUGUUAACUAUACUUGAAAAGACCUUUAUUUUGCUUGCAGUGCUUUGUUUCCUGUAGACUGUAAUUCAACAUUUAAGAAGCAGAUCAAUGUGUAAACAGAGCAGAAUGCACAUAACUACUUUCCAUCAAUAGGGUACAAAACAGAGCUUCAAAUAAAUGUUAUAAUAAUAAUAAUAAUAUGUGUCAGUGAAAGGCGGUGUAUAACCUUCAUAAUGGUGCAUUAUGAGGAGCAUAAUAUUGUUUAUCCACCUCAGGAGAGUAAACUACAUAUAAUAUGAGCUGUAUUACAAUAAUAAAACAUUCUAGAAUGGGUUAACAGCCAGUGUUGGGGUAAAACAUUACAAGUAACGUGUAGUCAGCAUUACAAAUAAUCAGAUUACUUUUAAGUAACUAGUAAAGUAACACAUUACUUUUAAAUUUACAACAACAUAUCUGAGUUACUUUUUCAAAUAAGUAACGCAAGUUACUUUGUUUUCCCAAGUAUUGGCUGACAGCUCUCCUGUCCCCAUGUUGAGAGAAAUCGGGAGUAAGAUGCAGAGGUGUUGUGUGCGCUGUGUGAACAGGAUGGUUAUUGUAGUUAAAUGUGAACAUGAAUUUACUCAUCUCACUUGCAUAAAAACAGAUCCAGUAUUCUUCCAAAUUAAUAAAAACAGUGAAAUGCAAACUUGAAUAUUACGCAAACCUGCAAAAAUAUACUUUGUGUAUUUAAUCUCACUUUAUUAACCAAUGUCUUUGCUGCUGACCUUCGAUGAUCCAGUUCAACCAUACCAAUAAGCAAAAAUGACUUUAGAUAAACAUCACAUUUGUGUUUAAUGUUUUUGUUUUUAUUGCUGCAAUCUAGAAUGGCAGCACAGCUGAAAGGUUUCUUUGACCUGCGCCCUCUACUGUACAGCCAUGAAUUUGCAUAUAUUUCAGCCUGAGGCAUAUUCAUUUCACUUAUGGUGUAAAAAUGUGGCCUUUACAUUUGUCAAAAAAGGUUUUGUUUUGAUGAUGUUGUUAUUAAAAAAAAAACAAGCCCAGCCCAUGUGCAAAAGUAACAACGCAUUACUUUCCAAUUCCAAAAAAGUAAUGUAACACAAUUAGUUACUUUUUUUAGGGAGUAAUGCACUGUAACACAUUACUUUAAAAAUGAACUUUCCCCAACACUGGUAACAGAAUUGACCCUUUGCCAGGAGUUUGACUGACAGGCGAUCUAACCAAUCAUAACGCCGAAUCUGCCAUUUUGUCCUGACAAAGCAGUCAGUUAGCAGAUUAACGUAGGUGGACUUGAAUUUGAAAAAUGGUGUGUACUGACGUCUUUCCGCGAUUGAAACAACAUUCCUUAUGAUGUUCAUUCAUGUUUAUUUGAUGCUAUAAAUGAACCAUAUAGGAAGAGACGAUCGGUUCACGAGGCGCUACAGCGAUCUGUCACGACACAUUAAAGAUCCACAAAACGGUAUUUAUUGUUUAAAUUUCUUUAAAAAUGACACAAUUUGAGACUUUGUUUCAUAUCAAAAGUUACCUUUUUUUUUCUUAGUAAAACUCAUAACAGGGUUGAAUGGUUGACAUUUGAAACUAGCUACUUGGAAUGCUGUGAAUAUUAUGUUAGUUAAUAGCAUCUUAAAUAUGAAAUAGCUCUCUGUCUGAAGAACGUGAGAUUUUUUAAAAAUCUAUUGCUUUAUAAAACAAAGUAACGAGACGCCAGUUUGUACCCUAUUUGUGGAGAAUUCCAUCCCCCAAACUUCACUUGCAAGCUUUGUGUUAACACUUAUUCAUAGCUGGUUUUUGAAACACACACAUUCGUUUACUGUACCAUGUAAUAUAUUUGAAAUGAACCAAAAAAGCACCAGAUAACUUCUGUGUGUUGACCUGGUAAUAAUAGCAUGUAUAUCAACCUGACUGUAUCUUUCCCUUAUUUCUGUUUGUUUUUCUUAUGGCACAAUAAAGCACACUACUAUAAGAGA